AUGACUGACUCGCAGGUGUUCCAGCCCAAAUUUGACAGUGGAGCAGCUAGCACAUCUCGCCUAAUAGUCAUUUUAGAGGGGGCCUUCCUAGAAACAGUCAAGAACAAGGAUAGAUAUCAGCUUUUGAACGUUGACGAUCAUUUUACCAUUCUGCGCAAGCACAAGCGUCAGGCAGAUAUUGCGCGCCCCGAUAUUACACACCAGACACUACUAACCCUUUUGGACUCUCCACUGAACAAGGCCGGCCUACUAGAAGUGUGGAUACAUACCGAGAACAAAGUCCUGAUCAAGAUUGACCCCACCGUCCGUAUACCGCGUACAUUCAAGCGCUUUUGUGGCCUCAUCGUCCAACUGUUAUACAAGCUUACUAUUCGUGCAGAGGACAGCAACCGGAAGCUCCUGCAAGUCGUCAAAGCAGACCUUAAGAAGCAUCUUCCGCCAGACAUACGGAUCGUGCUCCUCAGCAGAGUUGCUGGGAAGCCUCAAUCGAUGAAGCAACUUGCCACCGAACUUACAGGAGGGCUUUCCCCUCCGGACUGUAAGCCAGUGGGCGUGAUCAUUGGGGCCAUUGCACAUGGCCAUGUAAGCGCAGACUAUGCCACCGAUCGAGCAUGCAUUUCACAAUACGCCCUUUCUGCUGCAGCAGUGGCUGCCCGCGUGUGUGGUGCAUUUGAGGACUUGUGGGGAAUUCACUAA